AUGAUUAUACAGGCUCUGGUAUUUUCGUUGAUAGCAUUUGGCCAAGCAUCGGAAGAGGUGAGUUCUAAGAGAGUUUUGAUAGACCUUAUAAACAUCCUAUUGGUUUCUGAUAUGAUUGAGGCUUUAGUAUAAAUAAAUUAAAGGUUUUCAACAUCUUGAGGGAAAAAUAGAAAAAUAUUGGACUUGAGCUGCCAAUUCUCUAUUGUAAACAUUGGAAAUCCAGAUGAAAAAUUGAAGCAAUCUUUGUUCCAAUUAGUGGAACCAAAAAAUACGUCAUCAAUUUUUUUCUAUCUAAUCCAUCAAAAAUUGUGUUUCAAGGAAGAGUGGGUUGAAAACUAAUUGUAAGUGAUAAGGGUUUCUUACCGGAAUCGCUGACCGAGAAUCUUUGAAUUUCAGAAACCAAAAAAAAGUGAGAUUUUCUCAAGAAAAAAAUUCGCAUUAAUUCUGAAUGUUUCCAUAAAAUUGUAAAUUGGCAGCUCUCAUAGUUAAGUAAAAAACUAUAUUUCACUCAACAACAUUUUUGUUCAUCUACCCACUCGUUUUUUCUACUUUUCUUUGAUCUCCAUGAUUCUUCCAGUUCUUCGAACCGUCUGAAAAUGUCAGUUGACAUUUCAAUCAUAUCCCAUAAAAAUAGUCGUCAAGCGGAGGUCGAUUUUAUCAUCUCACUCUCUUUCAUUUUUCAGCCCGAAUUUCCCAUCACUUUUUUCAGCAUUUCUCUUUUCACAAAGAGUAACAAACAACUGAUGUUAUUAGAAACAUUCUCAAAUGUUUUUCUUCAUUGAACACACACAAAAAAUACAUGUCAUUUAUCAAAAUUUUCCAGAAUGUGAACCCGCCUACGAUUUCUUCACCAUGUCACGAUUAUUUCGAUUAUCUUUGUGCACAACCCUUUGCCCAAAAUUUAACUAAAAAGCCUUAUGCUUUGAGCCUUUCAUUAGAAGUCGAACAACAACAAGAAUAUAAUUUCAACCCUGGAUAUGGUCAAAGGUUCAAUUAGAAAUAAAGCUGGGUGUUACAAAUAUGUUUUCUUUCAGAAGUGUUUUCGAAGUAGUUAAUUUGACUCUUAUAUCUUCUUGGAUUGUUGAAUUUCGAACAUUUAAAAAUGGUGUAAAAUGGGAAGAGCACAAAAGAAAACAUCAAGAAUUCCUUGGAUUAAAUCCUGAACAACAAGAAAAAAACCUAGUCGAAACAUUGGAAGAGAUACCAAUACACGUAAGCACGAAAAUUGAGACUUGAAAAAUUUGUUCUGUUUUAGACUAUCGCAAAUUUCUAUAAUCAAUUGUCAGCAGGUCUCGAACUAGUAAAAACUAUUAAAGGAACAGGAACGAAAAGCCAUUAUUUUCACCCAUUAUUUGAAAAACUUCGAAAAAAGUUUAUUCAAAAUAUUGAAGUGAGUUAUAUGGAUAGAUUGGCUAGACUUCAAUUUUUCGCAAUUUCAGAGAUAUUCUAGCUUUACUCCAGAGCAAAGGGCGAUUUUGAUCAAACAACUGGAGGACACAAAAGUGUUUUUUGCUGUUUAUGAUUACAAUGAUCCUAAAAAAUGGCUAGAAGCUAAGAAAACAUAUGAACGUGAAUAUUUCCGUUUGAAAGAACAAGUUAUACCUAGGUGAAAUUGUUAUUCUUUCCAAGUUAUUAAUAAGAUUAUUACAGGGAGAUGUUCACAAACUUUGCUGAGAAAAUUAUUCGAAUUGCGGCUGUUGAACCAACAGUCAAAUUGUUUCAUGAAUAUAUGAAUGAUUUCACUGAACAAUUUGUUUUUCAAGCAAUUUUUGCAACACCAACACCAGAUUGUUUUAAUUAUCAAAAAGAAUUAUUUAUCUCUGUUUUAGGACGUGGUGUACACAUCGAUGAUGAAGUUGUAUGUUUAUUUCAUUUUCUUCAAAAGAAAAAUUCGAAAAAAUAAACAAUUUCAGUUCACCGAUACUUUAUAUGUCAUGAGUCAUGAACUUUCCCAUUCUAUAUACAAUUUGGAAAAUCCUACAUUUGAAUUAGAAACUUGGCAAAAUGAGAAACAGUGUGUUGUUGAUUAUAUAACAUAUCUUGCUGAAACCGAUAAUCAGGUUAGACUAUUAUCCUAUUUCACUGUAAUUCAAAAAUGUUUCAGAAAAUGCCAAUAGAAUGGAGAUUGGAUACAUAUAUUUAUGAAGAUGUGGCAAAUAUGAAUGCACUUAGAUUAUCAGCACAAUUUUCUCAAGAUAGAAAAGAGUCGGAUGAGGAGAAAAGAAAAAGAAUUGAAAAAACGUAUUCAAGAUUCUGCUUCGGUGAAAAGAAUGGUAUUAAAUCUAAUCAUAAUCCAACUGGACAUUCAGUAAAUCUUGCUGCUUCGCAAUUGCCAAGUUUUAACGAACUUUAUAAUUGUCAACCAACUGACCGAUUGUAUGUUUCUCCAGAGAAAUUAUGCAAAACUAUGGCUAUAACAAUUGAUCCAAAAAUUUAUGGAAUCAAGAAUGAAGAAGCUUUCACAACAACAACAACAACAAUUGCUCCAACUUCGCCACCAGCUUUAGAAAUCACGUAUGUUUUGUUCAUUUUUGAUUUAUAUAUUCUAAUUUUAAAAACAUUUUAGAACUCCAAUAACUGAAAUCAAUCCAACCGAAAACGAAAAGGAUAAUGAGAUUGUUAUUCCUAAUGAAACCAAUUUCAAUCGAACAUCUGAAAACUAUUCAAGGUAACGGAACACUUUGAAAAAUCCCAUUGUUUUAUCUUUUUUUUCAGCUCAACUACAAAAAUUUCAAUUUUCAUCAGUUUGGUUCUCGUUUUCCUUUUCAACUAG